UAAGUACGGUCAUCUGGGGAUGAGAUGAAGAGGAAACUUUGGUACCCGCCAAGAGUGGCGUCUGGUUAUUGACCAUUAUUGGCCCCAGCCUACGUUCUCUCCCUUCUCCGAUAGGUUGAUAAUAUCAUGUCUGUAGUCACACCGUCAUACCAUUCAUCGAGAUGCAUACUCUUGAGAGACCCUUGCUUUUCCCAACUUUCGACCACUUCUUUCUCUAUUUCUUUUGUUAAAUCCCUUGGCCGCUACAACCCCCACCUGUUCUGGCUACAUUUAUAUAAAGGCUAUUACUCCUCCUACAAGACUGUAAACCAUCUCUCACAACUCUAGAAAUAAAAACAGCCGAUAAACCCUCUUUUCUCGAAAACAGACCUUUCACAGACAAAAAAAAAUGAAGCCUACCGAACAGAAACCAGUGACAAAGGAGAUGGAUAUCUCCCAGGCAACAGAGUCCCACCACAAAGUCAAAGAGAGUGUCAGAGAAAGCGGUAUACCAUGGCUAAUUCCUCACUCUACUCAGGUAUGAUAAAAUAAAUCCUCUUGAGUUCUUCCUCUUUGGUACCGAGUGGGACCGCUCACGGACUGUUAAUUCUUUGCCAUACGGCCUAUAGCCUGUGGAUUACUCCUUCCCUUCCCCGCGCAACAAGAAAAUCGCCGACGCCCUUUUGACCUCGAUGGGCAGGAGCGAGCUCAUAGCUGCUCCAAUACCAAAGGACAUUACUGACUCUGAGGAAUUGAAGCCGUUAGAGAAGAUAGAGAACCUGAAACGUGCGGAGCGGAAUAAGCUUGUGUGUCACUUCCUUCCUUCCUUUCCUCCUCCAUGCCAAAUAUACUAAUCCCGUCUUUGGGUAGCUUUACCCAGAGAAAGAAUCGAAAGUGGACGAAACGUUAUUCAUGACAAACAGCAAGGUCCUCUACAUGUCCCUAAAAAUACAGAGGAAAUACACUAACCAUUAA